GAGUGAUACAUAAAACUGAAGUUUUCUGUAGUUCCCAGCAGAUAGUAAGUAGUAUACUGAAGAGAAUCAAUGGCUGACUCUACUGUACUGUGGUCAGAGGUAGACUCCAGUGGAGGGGACGGACAGAGAGACUGCAAUGGAUGUGGUCUACAGUUCUCGUCCUUGGAAGUGGCUUGCACGACAUCAACUGAAGUCGACUCUCAAAGAGACUGCAUCUGUUGUACACUGCAAGCUAGCUCCCAACAAGAUCACUCAUACAAAGAAAGGACCUAUAAAAGAGUCAAACGAUUUCAUCUCCUUCCAAACCUGCAUUGCAAAUUAUCCAGACUGCAGCCACUCCUUGUGUUUUGUAUAUUUUUCUCGAUAAUUCAGUGUGCACUGUCCCAAGGAUCUGAUUCCCUACCGGAGCGUUGUUAUGCCGAUGUUGAUUGUGAGUUCGCCCUCAACGUGCGGUAUAGCUAUAACAGAUAUAAUGGAGACUGUGAGCUGGAUCUGUGUUCACCUCCUGCUAAUGGCGAUGGUUUGAACAGCUUCACAUAUCUCGAGGACUGUCAGAGCACUUGUAUGAGAGUGGCAACAGUUUCUACCACUCCUCCUCCUCCUGUGAACAGAGAUGCUUGUUUUCACAACUGGGAUGAUAUUGAUGGGUGUAGUCCUAUGUUCCCCACGACUCGUUAUUCCUACAAUAUUUCAUCUGGCACGUGUGAGGGUUAUCACUCAUUCAACUGUGAGCCAAGCGGUGACAUUAACAGCUUUAAAAAUUUGCAACAGUGCGAAGAACGUUGUCUCACACCUGUCACUACCACGCCCACACCCCUCCCAACUCCCACACUCGUCAUCAACGCCCCCACACCUGUCACCAACGCCCCCAUACCUGUCACUAACGCCCCCACACCGAGUGGUAGUGGAGACGAGACCUUCCCAUUCACCACUCCCUCACAAGAUAACACUUCUGAUAAUACGAACGAAAUAAGUACCACUCAAGACUUAAUCACAUCAACGAGCAUAGCAACCACCCUAGCAACGGAUACGGUGGUAGACAGAACGACACCUACGCAGAGACUAAAUAUAUACGACCACGCUAUUAUUGGAGUGGGUUUGUUGGCCUUGUUUUUGUGUGUAAUUCUCGUCCUCGUUAUCGUCGUGGUGAUGUUCAAGUACAGGAGAAGAUUAGCCCUCAAAAAACAGGAAGUGAUGGAUAGUCGGAGGGUUAAGAUGGUGCAGGCGUAUCGAGGGAAAGCCGCUCUAUUCUCACACAACUCAUUAACUGCUAGCGUACAAACUCAAAGCUAUUUCUCUACAGUAUAACCACACUCACUGACACUCAGACGCUACAUUUUAUGAUCACACAAUUCAAUCACUUGUCUACAUUUUUUUGUAACCAGACAAUGACUCAAUAUGACAUCAGAGAGCAAAUUACAA